AUCCGUAUCCGUGCCACGGCGGAUUUGCAGAGAGGCCGCGGUACAUACGAAUUGUCGAGAGCAACAAGGCUGCCGACGACAAUUUGUACGCCACUACAACAUGCCGCAGGAGUGGGAGCCCACGCUGGGUAGCAAGUCGACAGUCGUUCCCAGAGUCGACCCAGCCGACAUCGAUGGCUCAGCAUACCGCGCCACGCGUGGUGGCAAUGCCCAAGAUCUGCGAGAUAUGGCGAGAAUGGGGAAGAGUCAAGAGUUGCAGCGCAACUUCAAGCUGGUGACCAUGUUUGGCUUUUCCGCGAUUCUCAUGUGCUCGUGGGAAUCGUUGUUGAGCAGUAUGAGCAUCGCUUUGACGAAUGGUGGAGCAGCGGGCUUGAUCUGGACUUGGUUUGCCUCCUGGAUGGGGUUCACCUUUGUGUAUUUGUCUAUGGCAGAGAUGGGCAGCAUGGCUCCAACAACAGGAGGUCAAUAUCACUGGGUCAGUGAGUUCUCGCCGCGAAAAUAUCAACGAGUGUUGAGCUACAUCGUUGGCUGGCUUGGUGUUCUUGGAUGGCAAGCUCUGGAAGCUUCAAUCGGCUUUCAGGCAGGCACAAUCAUCCAGGCACUUCUCGUAUUGAACUAUCCCGACACCUAUGAGCCUCAGCGAUGGCACGGGACGAUGCUGGUCAUCGCCGUUCUCGUGUUCGGCGCCAUCUUCAACAUCUUCCUGGCAACUCGACUUCAUUUGGUCGAGGGCACGAUCUUGAUCGUGCACAUAUAUGGCAUUUUCUGCGUGCUGGUACCUCUAUGGAUUCUUUCUCCACGAUCGACCUCCGAAUUUGCUUGGACACAAUUCCAUGAUCCAGGAUGGGGCAGCACCGGGCUAUCUGCUUUGAUCGGCAUGCAGGCUUGUAUUGUUCCCCUUUUGGGUGCCGAUGCAUCAGUACACAUGUCCGAAGAACUCAAGGAUGCUGCUUAUACGUUGCCUCGCUCAAUGAUGUGGGCAACUACGAUCAACGGUGUCAUGGGUUUGAUCACUGCUAUCACCACUGCUUACUGCCUCGGUGAUGUAGCGUCUCUACUCGACACUUCGACCGGAUACCCGUUUGUUCAGAUGUUUUACAACUCAACACAGUCUCUAGGCGCAACGAAUGCCAUGGCCGGAUAUGCAUUCGCUCGUGACCAAGGCACGCCUUUCGCUGGAUGGUUGUCUAAGGUUGACUCAAGACUUGAUGUUCCUGUCAAUGCCGUGGUCAUGUCAACGAUUAUUGCUUGUCUCCUUUCACUGAUCAAUAUCGGGAGCACCGUUGCAUUCAACAACUUGGUCUCAAUCACGAACGGAGUGCUGGUCACAUCGUAUACAGUCUGUAUCGGCUGCUUCAUCUGGAGACGUCUGUCCAGGCAAGAAAUGCUGCCCUCACGAUUCGACCUCGGGCAUUUCGGACUACUGGUCAACGUGCUUGCGAUCUGCUUCCUGAUCAUCAUAUUUGUGAUGUCGUUCUUCCCACCAACUCCAUUACCAGAGCUCGCAUCAAUGAACUGGUCUUCAUUAAUCUUCUCAGCAGUUGCAAUUUGGGGCAUCGUAUUCUAUUACGUCUGGGCUCGACAUAGAUACGUGGGACCAGUCGAGUAUGUCCGAAAACUAGAUUAAACAGAACAUCAACCGAGCGGUCUGGAACUCUCGUACAGUAGCAACGAGAAAAAAACCUUUACCAGCAUCACACCAGCCACCGAACUUGUCUCUCAUCCACGCGAGAAGCACGGAGCGACA